UCUAGUGAAUUGGAACGUUCCAGAUAAAACAAAUAUAUAGGGGUCAAUAUUUUUUUCUUUCUUUGUUAUUCGAAUCGAUUUAAUAGUGUGAAUAAGGGGAGUGCACAUUAUGUCUACAGUUGCAUUCGCUUUUAUCAGACAUGGCAGAAUUUUGGUUGGCAAAGCUGUGAAAACUAAAGCUUUUCAAGCAUAUCGUUGUUGUCUUCCUCGCUUGAUUUCUACUUCGGGCUGUCAGACAAAUUUUGUUUCGGAAAAGUGUGUGCAGUCUUCCACCUGGGACAGCUUUGGUAUCUGGCUAGAUGAGCCCAUUUUGCUACCACCGAGACUUGUAGGCCCCACCCAUAAUGUGGACAACAGUUUUGCAGGUGUGGGCUAUACAAGUCAGAUCGGUAAAAGAAAAUGUAAUGAAGAUCGUUUCAGCAUGUCUAAAGUAGCCGAUGGCAUAUUUUGCUUUGCUGUUUUUGAUGGCCAUGGUGGAGCAGCUGCAGCUGAUUUUUGUGCUAGAAAUGUGCACCAAUUAAUACAGAGACAUCUUCAGUCAGAUUAUGAUCUAGAAUCAGUACUGCUGAAAACUUUUCUACAAAUGGACCAUGACUUUAUGCAAAAAGUUUGCAGACUUGGAGAAGAUAUUGUCACUUCUGGAACAACAGCAACUGUAGCUUUAUUACAUAAUGAGUCUGAAGUUGUGAUUGCUAGUGUUGGUGACAGCCCUGCAGUUCUGUGCAGAGAAGGUAAUGCAGUACGUUUGACUGAAGACCAUACCCCGAGGCGUAAAGAUGAAAAACACAGAAUUCGGCAGUUUGGUGGAUUUGUACAAUGGAACAAUGCUGGGGAGCCAUAUGUUAAUGGAAAGUUGGCAAUGACACGAAGUAUUGGGGACAUACAGCUGAAACCUUUUGGAGUGAUUGCUGAGCCAGAAGUUUGCAAAGUUAAGUUGCAGCAUACAAAAGAUAGCUUUCUACUAUUAACCACUGAUGGUGUCAGCUGCAUCAUGGAGUGUCAGGAAAUGUGUGACAUAGUGAAAAGAUGCCAGGAUCCUUCAGAGGGAGCUGUACUUGUUACAGAUCUUGCACUGCAGUAUGGAACUGAAGACAAUGUUACUGCUAUGGUGAUACCAUUCGGUGCAUGGGGAAAGUACCACAGUGCUCGGACUGCUUCAUGUCUUGGAAGAAUUAUUGUUGCUGGUGGCAGAUGGAGCUAACAAUUUUAUGAGAAAAGUUAAUGUAUUCUGCUUUUGUAGUGCAUGUUUUUUGAGUGACUGCUGAAGGAAGACUAGAGGGAUUAAUUUUACACAUUUAGUGAGCUGUGGAUUGCCAGCAUGGUGCCGCUGUACCUUGAGGCCACUGUUUAGCAUUGUGUCCCAUAGAGAAACACGACAUAAGUCUUUAUGUGCGUUUUUGAAUAGCAUCAGUAGUAGAAAUCUAAGAACAUAUAAUCUUGUGCGUCGUUCUCAGUAUUCGUCUGACUAGUAUGUUUUCAGCAGAUCCUUUCAUAGGAGAAUUGUGAGAAAGCUAAAAAUAUUGCACAGAGCAGGUUGCACCAUCUAGGUUUUAGUUGGGACCUCAUCACACAGUGUUACUUGCAUGUGCGGUACACAAAUUAGAAUGUUCCAUUAUUGGCAUAGUGAUUGCUUCUACUGUAUAGUCCAGACAUCCCUUCUAUUUCAGUUGCAUAGCACAGACAUAUUUUGUAUAGCAUGAUUGCUGUUAAUAUUACAGUUCCCAGAAAGAACACUGUUAUACAAAAGAAAAGAAAAUGUUUUAUGAAGGGUGUCAUCAUAAAGGAGCAGUGCUAUAAAUUCUGAAUUUUGAAUUACUAAGCUAAACAUGAUGGGUAAAUUUUCUCUGUAAUGCAUGCUAGUUUAAACAUAACUCGUAAAUCCUUGCAUGCCACAUCCUGCCAUGUGAUGCCCCCUGGCCUGCCAGCUACUUUGUUGUAGACUUUUAUUUUUUUUUUUGUAGAAGUUAUUAGGUGCUUAUCUCCUGACCUAGCCUCAGGUUACAAGCUUGGUAUAUCUGAUGGCACUGCCUAGGGAAUAACUGUCAGUGAUUCAUGCUACAGACAAGAUAAAACUUGCUUUGUAAUAUGCGGUAAGUUUUGAGACCAGUCUUCACCAGCAAAGGAACUGUUUUUUGUAACCAGUGGGCUAUAGUCGAGCUGGCUGGAUGGUGCAGAGGCAAAGAAGUCUUAUCUGUGCCAUUAGUGACAAGGAAUCAACUCGAAGCAGCUGGAAGGGUCAGCAGGGGGACCGAGCGCGCCUGUCCUCUGGGAGGAGGGGGAGAUGGGGGAAAGCAUUGCUGCUUGGGCAUCCUCUGUAGACCAGAAGUCUCAGGCCAACAGCAGUGUAGAGGGAGUGGCACAACAUUCUUUGCCUGUUAGGCAUACAUGCACACACCAAGCUUGUUGACAUUGUUGCACUUCACUCCUGCUGCACAGUUGUUGGCCACCCAGUGCUGGUAGCUUCUACCUAUUUAGUUCUUAUUCCCUGGCUAUCUUGAAUCCCCUAAGGCCAACAUCCUAAGGAGUUAAGGGCCCAGCUAACCAAAGGAUAUGUCCAGCAUUGCAGGAAAGGAACCUCUGGGGUACCUGUUGAGAGCAGAGGGCAAAGGUAGGGAUAAGGAGCCAAAGGGAUGCUUUAGGGGUCUGAGCUGUUACAAAAAAAACGGCAGGAUUCUUUGUAUAAACUUUUUGAUGUUUGUGCUUCAUGCUGUCACUAGAAGCCAAUUUAAUGCCCACAUAAAAGCAACUUUCAGUUGUAAAAUUACUAAUGCUAUAUAAAGUUUUACUAUCCUCCUUAGAUUUUCUUCAUUGGGGAUAUGCAUUCCAUUCAUUUAGGCAUUAGAAAACUGCAGGAUCCACUUUCCACCCAUUUUGUAAACUUCCUGUUGAUUUUGUAUCAAAUGUGGGGUUAAGAUCCCUGCUGCCAAAUACACACUUUGAGUUUCUACAUUAUUCCUCACUGUUGAGUUUCUGGUGGUUGUCUUGUAGGUAUACCUAAUGGAAUAUCAUGGCUUGGUGUUUUCUGCAAAUUAAAAGCCUAGUCUGUCAGUAACAUUGUUUCCAGAUUUUACAGCAGUGUAAUUCUUAUUUUUGAGAUAUCACUACUUGAAGGCAAGCACACAUAAUGCUCAGAUUUACUGUACAUGACGGAACAGUCACCUUGUGACAUUGGGAAGGAUAUACCUGAUGUAGGUACCUGUGUCUUAAACUGAUCACCAAGUUGUUUUCUAUGACUUUUCUGUGUCAGUCAGUACAGUUAUUCAGUUAUUACUAACUGGUUCUGUCCAACCUAGACAUUCACUGUAAUGUCCUCAAGCAGAGACAUGAUGUGAUAGGCCUGAUUCAUGUUUCCACAGCUCACACCUGGCAGAAUUUUAUCAACUCUGCACCCAAAACUUCCCAGGCUGCAAAUCUGUUGGUUAACCAUAACCAUGUAUUUAGACAGGUUCUUCUCCAGAUCGGUGUAGCCACACGUAAGAGUCAAUCUCCCUUAUAAUUGACGCCAAGCUAUCUUUUUUUUUUGGCAUUUUUGUUAAGAAUCGUUUCAAUUUUCAGAGUUUUUCCAUGAAUUUUGGAUUAUCCCUUAAGUAUGGUAAUAUUUUUCUUUCUCUUCUCUCUGUCACCUCUGACAGAAUAUUGUGUUUCCAGGUCAGUAUUUGAAACUUUAGCUUGUCUGCUCCCCUUUCACUCAGUGUUCAACAUUUUUUUUUCUUUUUUUUUUUUUUUUAACCGUUUCUUGCUCCACAUAUAUUAGUUUAUUUAUAGUUGCAGUCAGACUUUAGUAACCAGAGUCCAGAAAUAAUCAAGGAAUAUCUCUGUAAUGCUUCAAUACACAUUCAACUGAAAAUGAAUUAAUGAUUGUUUUUGCAGCUGCCGUUUUAUUAUUUUUGGGCAUAAAUACCUUUGUCAAAUUUAAGGCAGUUUUUAGUUGGUCACUCUUAGAUCCCCGUUUUGCUUUUACUUGUGACGUUUUAUUGGUAUGUUUCAUUGUUUCUAAAAUAGGAAGUAUAUUCGUGAGGCUGUUCUUUAUAAGCUUACUGCUGUACUUGCCUUCUGCAUGAUAAGCUUAAUAGCUUUGCAGCGCAUGGAGCAUGGUGAGAACACUCCAGUAUACAGAAAGACAAAGCAGUUAGUGGCACAUGACCCAGCCUUAACAAUUAAGCACCCCCUGCUAAAAGUUAAGGUCUGGUCUAGUGCUAGGCAGUAAAAUCUGACAGUACUGCCUGCUGUCCAUACUGGUAACUUGUCUCUAGUUUCCUCAAACAAAUUUAGUUGCCAGAAUAACAGGAUGUGUUAUCGUCCAUUUUCUGAAGAAUACAAAGUCUGAAACUCAAAUGUAUGCCAUUGUAGUAACUUCAGUCCUUGGUGAUUUGUCCAAAAAACACAUUUUGUGAGGAACAGACAUAAAUAUGAAGCAGUAAUCUGGAUUUCCUGUGAAAAUCUUGAUAGUUGAGUUUUAAAAAGCAAGUGUAAAUGUAAUGGUCUGCAUUACACUACCUCUUGGACGGCACCACUAAGCGUUUUACGACUUAGAAAGCCAGCAGAACUCUUAGCAGUUUUUUUUCCAUGUAACUAGUAGUACAUGGAGCAGAUAAGGCUCCAUGCACUAAAAGUAAACUGAUCGCGUCACUGAUCAUAACCUUAAAUUGUGUUCUCGACAUUGAUGCCGAGAUUCAGCUCUUAAGCUUCUCUCAAGGUGAAUAACUUGGUAUCAUAAACUGGUUAUGAUCUGGGACCUGAUCAUAAUCCUCUAUAGUCAGUCAGGCUUAAUUUGCUUACUUUGUGACUCUGAGCAACUCAUUUGACCAGCCAGUGCUGCUGUCUCACUUUAGAACUAGGUAUUCUAGCUUGUUGAGUUUACCCACUUGACAGAUUAAAUACAAUAAAAUCUGGUUUUGAUUUAAUGUAAAUUCCUUGUGUAGUUGGUGUAACAGGUAUCACCAAAAGUGUGCUUUAAUAUGGUUUCAUUGAUAAGAGACAUUCGCUUGAAGCAGGCAGUUGUCCCACACAAGCAUUAUAAUGGACUAGUGUUAUAAUGGGGGGACUUUCGUAUUUACACACGUUAUAGUAACUGUGCAAAGUAGUAAUUAAAGCUGCAGUUCAAAAAGCUAAAGCAGCUGCAAUCUUUAAAACACUAAAGUGCAUGAAGUAAAAUGUCUAUAUCCAUGUCUUCAAGUCUUCUGUAUUGCCCAGCAUGAUGCUCUGUGGUAUCCCAAGAAAUAACUCCGCAGCAUAUGCUUUUUUCCCAGCUGGCAAACUGUCCUACUUUCUAUUUUAUUCUUCAGAUUUCUAGUUGGCCUAAAUAUAGGAGGUAGUUUGUAAUUAAUCAACUGUGCACUACACAGCACACAUACCUCUCAACUGUCCCUGAUUUUGACUCAAAUUUUAGCUCUGUCCCUCUUAAUCCUUCCUAAAAC